AUGGCAUUCUUAACUAUUCCAGUAUUGUUGAUGGGCCUGGCCCUUCACGUGUCAGCUGCCCCUCCAGAUAUUCGCCCUUGUCAGGCAGUUUGUCAUUCGCUUUCUAAGCAGUAUCCAAGCCAGGUCUUUCUCGGUGAUGAGAAGACAUACUCUUCGGAGCAAAGCUCUUUUUGGUCGACCAUACAGGGAGCUGUUUCUCCUGCUUGUUUCUUUCAACCUAAGAGCGCAGAAGAAGUAGCCAGCGCUGUCGUCGCCGCUCGUGGAGGCUUCUGCAAGUUCGCCGUCAAAAGUGGCGGCCACUAUUCUUUUGCAGCAUCCACCAUCAAUGAUGGCCUCGUUGUCGAUCUUGCUCGGCUAAGCAAGGUGACUGUCAGCCAGGACAGGCAAACGGCUGUCACUGGGCCCGGUGGAAGGUGGGCUGAUGUUUACCCUACUCUCCAAAAAUACGGCCUCACAGUGCCUGGUGGCCGCAUGUUCGGCGUUGGCGUUGGCGGUUUGUCUUUAGGUGGGGGGAUUUCAUGGCUAAGUAAUCUCCACGGAUGGACAUGCGACAAUAUCCUCGAAUACGAAGUGGUUUUGGCCGAUGGUCGCAUCAUCAAAGCAAACCCCAAGUCACAUAAGGAUCUCUUCUGGGCUUUACGGGGUGGUGGCAGUAACUUCGGUAUCGUCACCAAGUUCAAGUUUAUCGCAUACGAGCAAGGAAGGUUGUGGAAUAGCAGGCUUAGUUUUGAUGCUGACGCCAACAUGACUGCCAACGCUGCCUUCACAACCUGGGGCGACCUGCUGGCCCCUCAAGACCUGAAAAGCGGCGGAGUGCUUCUCUGGGAUGCUCAUGCCGAUAGACAACCAACCGGUCUAGCAAUCCUCACCCACGCUGACACAUUCGCCAAAAAUUCACACCCAGAUGUCUUUGAAGGAUUUUAUGAGGCUGGCCCCAACAAUGUUACAGAAAGCAACGCUUUCCACGCGGAAAUCGCUGAAGGACUCGUCAUCCCCGGCGGUGUCACUCGUAACUCGAUGUGGACAACGUCGUUCGUCCUCGACGCUGAACUGGUGCAAUCUGCUUUCGACAUAUGGAGUGAAGAAUCGGCAUCUAUUGCUUCCUUUGCGACGCAGGAGUUGCAGCUUCAGAUUAUCACCCGGUCGCAAUUGGCGUCUAUGAAGAGAAAUGGUGGCAAUCCAACGGGUCUGGCCGAAGAAACACGACCGGUAGGGUUCGUCAAUCUCCUAGCCAUGUGGGAGAAAUCCGAGGAUGACAAACAUGUCUAUGAAGUGCAGCAGCGCAUGGAAAAUCGUAUCAACGCCGCUGCAGAGAAAAGAGGUCUCAGCAACAUUUUCAAGUACACCAACUACGCCAGUCAGUUUCAGGACCCUUUCGCUGGAUACGGUAGUGACAACAAAAAGAAGUUGCUGAAGGUUGCGGAGAAAUACGAUCCUGAGGGUGUUUUCCAGACCCUAGUUGAGGGGGGUUUCAAACUUGCCAGAGGUCCGCAGCACCUAUGA